AUGACAAAGAUCAGGAGUACCAUACGAAGCGAAGUUGACGAGGCGCGACUACAGGCAAAUCUAGACCAUCUCGAGCAAUGGUCGAAAGACUGGCUUCUACCAUUCAACGUAAACAAGCGUAACUUCCUACGCGUCGGCGAAACCAGUUCUCCUACCCGCACGGUCUAUCGUCUGACUGGCAAACCACCGCAAGUAGUCGACGCCCAGAAGGACUUGGGUGUAUGGAUCACAACCUCACUUAAGCCUUCACUGCAAUGCUCAUUCGUAGCCAAGUCGGCGAUGUCCAUUCUAUACCUCGUCAAGCGGGCGUUCUCUUCCUUUGAUGAAGACUGCUUCGCCAAGGUUUUUCGAACUUUUGUGCGACCACAUCUGGAGUUUGUUAUCCAAGCAUGGAUACCCUGGACGGCUAGAGACCUCGGCAUACUCGAAAAAGUUUAACGGCGAGCAACGAAACUUGUAUCUGGACAGUGGUCACUACCCUUUGAAUCACGAUUAGCUAUUCUUGACCUCUUUCCUUUGAGUUGCAGACAGCUACGUGGGGACCUGAUACAAGCUUUCGGCAUCGUACGCAAUCAGGGCUGCUGCCUCGCACCUGGACACUUCUUCGAUUUGGCGACUACGACUAAUCAGAGGGGACAUCCACUCAAACUACGUGUGACUGGUGCCCGGCUAGACAGAUGAAAGUUCUUCUCCAACAGAGUGGUUGCAGCUUGGAAUGCUUUGCCUGAGGAUGUUGUUAUGUCGGGAUCCGUAGACAUUUUUAAACGGAGGCUAGAUCAACAUUGGAGCGCGCACCUUACUAACGCCGGACUACAGCCACCUUGAUGGCCAACGUUGACAAUUUUGUGUUAUGACGAUGCCACUACCAACAUUCAUGCUUGCUUCAACUGUCUGCUGAAUUUAAUCAACAAACCGAGUUCAUAUGCCUCUAAAUGCUGUUAACGCAUGAAACUCGGACAAAUGAAACGUUGAUUCGCUAAAGCAAACAAACGGCAAAGUAUGGCAGGCUAGAAAAGCUAAGGAAUAUGGUAAUCAGAGUGGUAAUGCGAUAGCAACUUGCCUUCAAUAAUGGCAUUUCCGACUGACUAUCGUAAAUAUCGACCGUUUGCCGUAAAUUCACCAGUUAUGUAGGUCAAAUGAUUAGCAUAUCCUCAUCGCCAUAUCUAACCGGAUUACGUUUCUGGAAGGAUCAAUGGAGCCCAAAAGCCGAAAAAAUCUAAAGUUUGGACAAACUGUGUGAAGCUUUCGAAACGAGUGACUAUAUACCAACUGUACUAACAGUACUAACUAACUGUGCUAGUUAGCCAACUGACUAACUAAUUAACGAAAUAACUAACUAACUAACUACAAUAACUGACCACCUAACUGACUAACUAACCGACUAAUUAACUAUGCUAACACACUAACUAACCGACUGACUGACUAUACUAACCAACCGACUAGCUAGCUGACUAUACUAAAUAACUAACUAAAUUGUAGGUGAGCUGCGUGAAACUUUCAAAGCGAGUAACUAUAUGAUUACUUUUUAUUUGACCAAUAUUCUCACUUGGCCGACUUUCUUAAUGACAUUUUCCGGGUCUCUCAGUGAUUGGAAGUACCACUGAAGCAAAAUUUCACAAAAUGUAAACUUAAGAAUAGUCCCGGAAAACGCCGCAGCUCGCAUGAAAAUGUUCGACCAAUCACUAUUCAGCACUCUUCAAGCCGUCCACAUUUUGCGUUUUUUAAUUAUGAUCCACUGACUUGAGGUUCGAAUCUCGGGUGAACAUUCCGACACUGGGUUUAUGACGCCAAAUAAGCCACGAAGUGGUCAUUUUACUGUCCCCGUUUUUGUUAGUAAACACUUGUCAAUUGAAAGAGAUCUUCUGCAGUCAGUUUGCCGAGUGAGCCAACUACAGAUAUGACAAAUCCCGGUAAAAAUCGGGAGAUGGCACCCAAAAAAUCCGAUUGUUACCCAAAUCCCCUUCCGUCGACAAGCCAAUGUGAUCGAUUAAAAUGGAGCGCAGCAGCCAUGGAAGGGCUUCAGGAUUGAGAUGAAAGUGUUGCCAUGACGACUGGACACCCCAGACUAUAGUAGUGUAGUCGGCCAAUGGAAGGCUGAGUCACAUCGUGCCUGACUGCCUCCGAAUUCCCAGGUCUUGAAAAUGUGCUCAAUCAAGGGCUGCAUGAUUGCCCCGGGAAAGACUGAAGAGACUAAGAGUUAGGAUUGCUUGUACUGGAACACGUACACUGACUGAAAUAAGACGGCUAGGCAUUAAUUUUCACAUGGUACUCAGACCACUGUAAGUAGCUACCCCGAGAAACUAUGAGCAGGUGUGAACAUCUGGUUCAAGAAAAACGAUCUCAGGAGCUGAACACGCUUCGCUAGUUGAUUAUUAAUUACUCAUCAAUGCAGUACGUGACCUAUCUCAUGAAACCUGAUGACGGAAACUGACACGAAACUUUCUGGGCGUCUGUAACGUUGCGCGUUUUCCUCGCUCAUCCAAUUCCUUCAAUGAAAUGUCCUUUUCUUGAGGAGAAAUUGUGUUUACGUAAUUAUCUCAAGUAAAAUGUCAGUAAUCUUUAGCGAAAAUGGACGUUGGAAUAUAAUUGUGCAAUUUUUCUAUGCUCAUACCUGUCCUAGACUCCGGUUAUGCAGUUGAGCAACUUUUUCAUUGAAAGAAUAGUAAUUUACCCACGAGAAAUUUAAUGAACAGAUUUAGCCGAAAUUGAAAAUUUAUUUUAUGUCCGAUGUUAACCGUGGUAAUCAGCCUGAUAACACAAAGGUUAUUUUAAGAAAACCAGAGGUUUUAUAAAUUCCUAAAAGUUAAAUUAGCAGAUCUGUGCGAUUUGAGGCCCUAAAGUGCAGUAAUAACGCAGAUAGGAAUUCCUUCGUUCAAACAGGCUGAAAUUAUUUUGCCGUCUGGAAAAUUCUACUUGAUGAUGGCCUCACCGGGCAAAUUGCGAAGUACACAGAGAUCCGUCAACGGAGUGCAGUAAUAAAGCACUUCUUAAAGAGGCUACUUAGUAAGGAAAGUUUUCUUAUUGAUUGAAGGCAUAUUAGUUGCUGACUUUCGUUGUGGACAGCCACGUUUUUGGAAAAUGGAGUUUGAUGUUUGAAUGAGUCUUCACAUGUGACCCAAACAAUCACCUUCGUGAAGAGGAACACCCCAACACUCACUAAUUCCGUAAAUGCCUUCAAUAAUUAUCUUAUUUGAAGGCUUUUAACAGACAGGAAAUUCAGAAUCUGUCUUUAUGGACGAUCGGGUGAAAGCACUGAAAAUCAUUAAGUACUCACCAAUAUUUCAAGGCCAAUCUGAAACCCAAUGUAAUCAAAAAUGAACAAAAGUGUAAAUCAACUUAACGAAAGAAGAUUUCUCUUUAUAAACAUAAAAAGAUGUGUUAACAAUCACGACUGUCAGUUCUAUUUCAAUUUGUUUGGGACCGAUCGGCCUGACAGCAUGUCACUUUGAAAACUAUUGUUCCCGUGACGUCUCCAUCGGUGAAAUCAAGCAAAAUCCAGUUUCUCUCGUUGAACCCCAUCUCAGUUAACUCAAACGAAUCAAGGAUACCACUAAUCCAUGGAAAACUGUUUUGGGAUUUACACACAGAAUGUUGGCAGUUGACAAACCGUUACAUUUAAAAUCACACUAAUUAUUAAACAAUAUUUACAUGUAAACUAAACUGAAACACUGUUAUUAAACGUUAUUUUAUUUUUACUUUUAUAUUUACUGCGUUUUGAUAAUAAGAAUACGUUCUAUAUAUGUAGCAACUAUGUUUACUAAAUCGCAACCAUUUUUGGCGUUUUCUGGAUAUUGCGAUGUUCUAAGAAUAUCAGCAUUUCUAAACAACGCAACACAAUCUUUAAUAUCUGUUUUAUGUUUUAAAGUCUUUUAAACUUGUACUCAAUUGACAUAGACAUUGGACUCAUGAAAUGAUGUCGGUAUGCCAAUGAUUGACAAUCAUUCGUAAAUUUCGACGCCUUUCAUGAGUUACGUAACGAACUGUACGAGUCUGGUGAAUGGUAAAAUGACUGGCUUCCGGGGUAAACCGUAGGAAUUGUGUACUCAACAACAGGCACGUGUUCGCUACCUGGCGCCAACUCCGGGUUGCAGCGAAUGUGGGGUCUCUCCUAAUGCGAAAAAGACACCACCCAUCUGACGGCCAAGCAGUAUUUCAGGAUUUGGUUACAAUGGCGGCCAGUAAGUCCCAACGAAGAGAGAACCUGACCACCCACCCAUACUUAUCCGACCCAAAAAAGAAAAACCCUGCACGAUCGACCUUCUAACCAACCAAUCAGCCAGCAGAAGCCCAUCUGAUAACCAAAAGACCACCUACAAUUCCCUGUGCCUGCCUGUCAUGGUGACGCCAGAGCGGAAAGAUGUGGAAGGGGGGUCUUAUCGAUCUAGACUUGUUGUUGCUCCCAACAAAAAGGAACAUAAUUUUGCCGUCUGAGCACGUCCGCUGUCAGACAGAAGCCCAUGUAGAUUGAUGGUUGAUAAAGCAGCCUGGGUAUUUUUCGUGCAGGUCCCUUCAUUUCCAGCAGAGGCUGCAGAAAAACGCAUUUAAGUUCUAAAAUUGAGGGGUAUGGGUGAAGACACUGGUUGCAAGUCCAAGUCUCCGACCACUAGUUGUAAGUGAAUACAGGUCAAAUUUCAACUACCGAAUAGAAAUAAAGGAUUUUCCGCACACGGAAAAUAUACAGCUUGUAGUUUGGAACCUUGAAUGCAGAUGUUACGGCAGGUCGGGUUCAAAAUUAUUCGGGAAAUAGGAAAAUUUUUUUAAAACCAAAUCAUACCCUUUCUUCGGGUAUAAAAUUUAAAUAAGGCGUAAUUUUCUACCAAAUAAUUGAAAAAAUGAAUAUUUGCAUACGUGUUUUCUAUGAAACAUAUUUGAAUUUAUAAGGGCAUAUAAGAUCAAUAAGAACAAUACAUGCUACACAGGUAGUCAUUUUUUACAGAGUUUAGUUUUUGUAUGCAGCCGGAAAGAAGGGCGUUAAAAAGCCAGCAUGCUUAAGUAAAUAAAUUGCCAUGGGAUUAUGCUGCACGGUGAUUAAUAUUACAACCCUACGUCAGUAACCUUUUCGAGUCGAAAACUCAUUCCACAAUCUCUGUCAACAUUUCAUGAGUUAGCACACAUACUCCGGGUCCGAAUAACCAGAAUGAAACACUGCACAUCUCCCAUGAUUUAUCCACUUUAUGAUAAAUAGCGUCAGAAUCCAAGUCAAUAUUACUUUGGUAAACCAUUUAGCCCUUUUAUACUACUGGCUGUUUGCUGGCAACUUGCGAGUGUUAGGCGUCAGUGUUAGUGUUAGGCAGUGGUUAGUGGAAUUCAGCUGAAAUAUGCAUGUGUUACCCUCCGAAUCGAGACUAUAACGCAUUGUUCCGGAGGAUUUAGUCCCAGUUCGCUCACUAAUUUCCUCGAAAUUCAAACAGAACUACAGGACUACUAGAGAGGCACGUUUAUGCGUCAGGCCAAACGUCUCUCCUGUUGGGGAUGGAGCUUCAACAGUAGCAUCCGGGGUUCCAGUUAGGUCCACUCAAAAGUGCUUUGGCCUGCAUAUAAGGGGUGUGAAAAUACUCGUGACAAAAUCUCGAUUUCCGGAUGGCACAUCCGAUGCGCAGAUGCAUUUCAUCCGAUUCAUUUGACCCAUUUGUGAAAUACUCGGUGGCCUCCGUGUGAUUAUAGCUCACGACAGCGAGCAGAAGGCAUGGGUACAGCCAACUUUCUAGCCCCAUCGGGAGCCUUGAGUUUAAUCGGAUUUGAGUCAAGUUAUCCGUCCAACCUACUGCAACGUCCGGAAUCCACCAAAUGUGAUACGUUACGUUAAUUGUCCAAACAGGAUUCCCUAAGUGAUCCACCUGGAAUCCACCCACUGACUACCGGGUUCACGUAAUUCAUAGGUGUUUUGGCUGAUUUUUAAUAAUACGUAUUGACCCAACUGUUGCAGAAACAUGACGCCUCGGUGGGAUUCGAACUCACGACUGCAAGGGGAAGGCUUUAGUACAGCCAACGCUCUGGCCACCUGAGCUGCGAGGCCCAAGAUGUGAUUCACCUCACGUCUCUGGUAAUGACCUCAUUUUUUUCAGAUAUUCUUGUCCAAUAGAAAAAAAAAUACGGAAUCUUCGAUAAGGGAUCGCCGUCCGUCGUCGCUCCGCCAGGACUUCCUCCUUUCAUCAUAUCAUCUCGGAAGCAUACUGCUUCAAUUAUUCAUCAUAUAUUUGGGCGUCAAACGCUUAUUCUUACCAGACGUUGGGAUAAGUUCGCGCAGAGAGAGGCGACAACCUUCGAACAGUUGAGUUUCCUUCACCGCUGUCGCAAUCACGGCAUUCUUCCGAAGUCUCUUCGUUUUAAACCCAUACUGCACAAUGAGGCUGGGAGGUCACUCGCUCGCAAAUAUGGAUUCCGUGUUUUGAGUGUGAUUAUAUCUGACGUCCACCAUCGUCUUCAGCGAUUUGAGGCGAUAAUCUCUGACCUAAAGAACCGGUGUGUUUCAGCCCUGCCUGAAGACAUUUUCGAAAAUUUACAGCAGCGCAUAAAUGCCACCGCCAAACAUGCUCGUAUGAAGAAGCGGGCCGAUCUUCAAGAGAAGCUCCAAGCUCUCCUCCGUCCUAUCAAUGACAGUAACAUAUCUGUGAGAGUUGUCAGCCUUUCGAAAAGGAUUCUCACACCCGCCGAAUCAAGCCUAUUGUCUAAAGGAAUACGGUUCAGUCAUGUCGAUGCUGCGCCUACAAACUUUUUAGCGAACCUGGAAUCCCUCCUGCUAACCUCAUCCAUCCCUGAAGACAUGCGUGCGGACAUACGCAACUGUGCGACCGGCCUCAUCCGGAAAAGAAGACACCAGCAAACCUUGCCGAUGGAAGAGGAGAAGAGAUUACGAUCCCUGAGGUCAGACGACAGUAUCGUUGUUCCAUCGGCUGACAAAGGUGGUGCUACUGUCAUUAUGGACAAGACUGACUAUGUCAAUAAGGCCAACCAGGCCUUUAAUGACAGAGAGACCUAUACCCCAAUUGCUGAGGAUCCGACGAAAAAGCAGGCCGCAUCUAUAAAGAAGAAGGUGAACGAGCUCACUCGUAAAAAGCUCAUAAACCCCGCGGACACCAAAUUUCUGACUCCCAACGACACCCGCAUCGCACGCGCUUAUGGCCUCCCAUAG